CGGCAAACUCGGAGAGGUCGUGGUGCAACCUCAUUCAAAAUCGACCGUCGAAGUCGACUCGAAGUUUUCGAAGUCGUUGGAAAACCGGACAGAGUCCAACAGGCGCUGCGCGGUCGGUCGAAGCGGCUCAUUCUCCAUCCUCAUGGACAAGGUGCUGCGCAAAACCGAGAAGCUGUACGACAAGGUGCUCGAUGGCACGAUGCGCCGAGAGAAGUGCAUCUUCAAGGCAGAGAGCUACGUCCGCGACGCGGCCAAGGCUGAGCACUGGCGGCGCAAGCAGCGCGCUGCCAGCGGCAAGCUACAGAAGGCCCACGCCAAGCUCGGCAAUGCGUUCGCGUCCAGCACGUUCCCGCCCGAGCAAGCUAUAUGGUUUGCAUGCAAGUACGGCCUCGUCGACGUCGUGCGGCGUGCAACAGUAGGCAUUGACGUGCCGGACGCCAAGGCGCACAACACACCCUUCAUGAUGGCGUGCCUUGGCGGGCAUCUCGAGUGCGCCAAAGCGCUGUACGCUCGCGGCAUUGAGCUCUUGGCGGUCAACCUAGCGGGCUUCACAGCGCUCCACUGUGCGAGCCAGCACGGACAGUACGUCAUCGUCCAGUGGCUGCUCACACUGCCCGAGAUGGACCCGCACGCUCGGUCUUUGAGCUCUCUCACGGCACUCGACGUGGCGCGACGCGCGUGCGCCGUCGGCGACAAGCUCGGCUGCGUCGUCAAGUGCAUUCGACUCCUCGAGCAGCGGCUGCUGGUGUUCUCGGGCUGGCUCUACGAGAGCGUGCUCGACUCGAUCGCCAACAAGUACAUUCUCAACACGGUCGGACUCAACUGCCACACGUGGCGCCUCCGCUUCGUACUCGUGCUAGCGACGGGCCACGAGACAUCGACUUUGCAGUUUGUUGUUUACGACCAGCGCGAAAAUGGCGUGCGUCCGUCGGCGCCCGAGUCGUUUUGGAUGUAUGAAAAAGGCGACCCGCUCACACUCCCGGGCUCGAAGCGCAACAUCAACAACCGUGACCACACCUUUUCGUUUCAUGCUCUUCAGAAGCCCAGUCUCUCGGAGCCCGGCGAGCUGCAGCGCGUCGAGUGUGCUGCCGUCGACGCCCCGAGCCUUGAGAAAUGGGUUGCCUUCUUCGAAGAGAGUUUUGUCCAAGCCUCGAUGCACGCGGCCCAGCGCGACGCCAGUAGCCGGUCCAACGACUCGUUCUUGCCACCGCGCGAGGGCAGCGUGCGGCGUCAAAGCUCGGGCUCGUCGUCGACAGAGCUCUUUCCUGCCAUGCCGCCGCCGCAGUACAACGAACUCUUUCCAUUACCACCACCCGUGCCCACCAAGCAGCUCGCCGUCGACACGUUCGACGAGAUUGACGACGACCGGCGGUUUGCGGCGACGGCACCGUCGUUCUGCGAGCCAGCGAGCGCCCCGGCCUAUGCACCACCGAGUGCACCGGUGGCCUAUGCGCCGCCGAGUGCGCUGCUGCCCGCACCAAGUCGCGAGUGCGUCGUGUGCUAUGACGCGCCGCAGGUCGGCGUCUGUGUGCCGUGCGGCCACAACGCUGUUUGUAUGGAGUGCGCCGACCGGAUCAUGGCCCAAGAUGCGAAAACGUGCCCCGUGUGUCGUGCCGAGAUCCUUCAGAUCAUCCGCUUGUUCCAGUGCUAAACGAACUGCAAAAAUCAAAUCAACUUGGUCAACCAAGUGACAACGCGA